AUGGGACCUCGUAACAGAUGUUUUCUGAGUCCAUAUUGCACAUCUGUUACAUCGGGUAACGGAAAUGAAAAAUACUUUAGUAUGCCAAGUAUCCCAAAGGUAAAAGCUGGGCCUAUGUGUGAAUUGACAAAACAAUUAAUCCAAAAGAGACGUUCUUUGUGGUUGAAAGCAUUGGGUCUUACUGAAGCUGAUACGGAAAGAGAACCAAUUUUAGUUUGCUCAAAACAUUUUGUAUCAGGUAAACCUGAUGUAGGUGUGGAUUGGGUGCCAAGUUUAAACAUUCCGAUUCCAAAAAUCAUACCUGUUCCACCCCCCACAGAAGAGCACAGUUACUGUCAGUCAACAGUGCCACCAACUGCUUACCAAUGGAAGACAACUGUUUCAGUUAAAAAAAAAAGAUUAUUGAGUCAGAGGCGUAGUCGUCGUCUACCAAUACUUAAAAAGAAAAAAGAGAAGGCUAUUGAAAAAGCCACGAAAGCAGAGAAAAAAGCCAAAGACAUCGAGGUAAAAAUUCGAGAAAAGAAAUGGAAGAAAAAGAGACUUGCCAUAAAAAAGGCAAAAAGAGAAGCAAAAAUUAAAAUAGCAGAGAGAGAAGCAGCUCUUUUAUUAAGAAAGAAUAAUAAAAAAAACAAGGUGCUGCCUGAACCAAAUGCAAAUCAAAUUGAAUCAAUCGAUAUGCAACUACCCUCUGCUGAGGAUCAUUUCGACACGUCGUUUACGCGAAUAAGUGAAAUUAGUAAACAGUUCAACACAUCAGGAAAUGACUCCAUCACAACCGAAGUUAAAGAUAUGUCGAAUACUCUACCGCCUGUAUCAAGCAUUUCACCAACAGUAUCCAACGGUCAUCUGAUAAUUUCCGGACCAUCCGCUCAACAACAACACGUCGAGGCAAAUUUGGUUGUUGCGUCUACGGAUAAAGUUACCCCUUUGGCACCAUCUGUUUCAAAGAACGAAUUUCUGCAGCUUUUAUCGUUAAGUCAAAUCGGUCAAGGUUCAGGAAGAAAAUCGACGCCUGUCAAAAUUGCGCCAAAAAGCAGAGAUAGCAAUGCUCCUAAAAGAGUAACUGAACCAUUGAAAAACACCGUGAAACUUCCCUCCAAGAUUUUGAUUGUGAGAAAAGAUGCAUUUGAUAAAACUUCGAGAACCGUGAUAACGCUAAAGUCAUCAUUAAAUACUCCGCCUCACAUCGUACAAAAGAAUGUUGGAAAGAUUGUACAGCAAAUCCAAGCUCCUCCUUCUUCCACGACACUCCAGCAACAACCAAAACUCGCGGGAAACUCGACUCCGACUAUUAAGUGUAAAGCUUUUUCUUCAACAGAUCCAGCCCUCAAAACCAACGUAGCUGAACCAUUAAAAAUGCUACAACCUGCUGCCAAGACUUUGAUUCUGAAAAAAGGUGAACCUGCUAAAACUUCACCAACUGUUGCAGCACAAACAAAAUCUGCAAACCCUUCCUGUCCUGUAUUGCCAAAAAAUACGGAGGUCGUAUCUCGAAUGGAAAUGAUGGAACCAUCAUCGCCAGCUCCUCAAAAUGGACUAAUAUCUCAAAAUCUGCACAACAUCGAUACUUACAUCCGAGACCUGAUGCUUAAAAAGAACCCCACCGCUCAGGACACUAAUCUGAGUUCUUUAUUGCUGAAUCUAAUUAAUCAUCACCAGAAGAACAUUUUGGAUUCGGGAAAACCAGCUGCUCAAGCCCAAGCCCAAGCUUCAACUGCUCGAGUCACUCGCGAUAGUGCAAACCACGAAGUUGUAGACCUAACUAAGGACGACUGUGACUAUAUUCUCCCCGAUGUUGCUGCCCCAAACAAUUUACGCCCAACUUGCAAUUGUCGCAACUCCGUUGAGGAAGUAACCUCUUUGAGAUACCAACUAGAACAAAAAUCAGUUGCAUUGAAGGCUUGUAACAGCGAUAUAGAUAAUCUGAAGAAAGAGCUUUGCGAGGCAAAGGAGUACAUAAGUAAUCUGGCAGCACAAUUGCAAGAAAAUACUCAGACUUUAUGUUCCAUCUUAGCCAACAGCCCACAUGAAAUCCGAAAGUAGUUACCAUAAUCACCUGGGCUCGUUUUGUCGCACGAUCUCUCAGUUGUCUGUUGUGCAAAACGUAAGUGAUAUACAGGAUCUUGGGCGCCAUGGUUUCUUCAAUCUCUAUUUGCCUCUAUUUAAAAAAAUAUUUCGUUGUGAUGUAUAAAUACGAUUAAACAGAAAUUACCAAGUUUUGAAUUAAAUACACGGAAAUUUUAGAAUAA